AUGGGAUGGGUUCCCCCCUGUGCGGCACCUGCCCACUCGCAGGCGGCUGCGAACCUACGGGUGGAGUCUCUGGGUUCUCGUUCUUUUCCUGACGGGUCGACUAAAAAGAGGCGAAGGGAGGAAAGAACAGACAGGUUUCGGAACCUGCAUUUCCGGACUUUGCUCUACUCUUGCUCCAGUUUCUCCUGCAGCAGAAACGCGCCUGCAAACGGACACAAAACCAGCUCUCCUGGACAUCCUGAAGAAAGCCUACGACCCACUCCCCUGUUCGUGAAGCGCGCUCGUUUCUGUUUUUAUCUUCUCUUUCUUUUCUCUGUUCUGGCCUCCAACUUUUUUUCUCACCGCGCUGACGAAUGCACUCGCUUCUGCAACGUCUUUGCUCAAGCGCUGCAUGUGAAACUCGACAAUCCGGAACUUUCUCGGCAGACGCUUCCAGCCUCGUUGCGGUGGCAGCAAGUGAAGACGAAGAAUGGAGAAGAGGUGAACGCGGCAGAGAGUGCCUCUUGGAAAGGUUUCGCUGACGUCCAACUUGCCCCUUUUCGCCCCGACGAAAAGCCAAGCCGCGAACGAACGGUUCACGAACACAGAGACACUGUACACGGACUUUCGGGGCGCGAUACGCUGGGAAUUGACUCCUUCCGAGGCACUGACCUCCGUGGAAACCGCCUCUUUGUUCGCCUUCCGCGGCCAGCACUCCACUCGCCCUUCCUCUUCCCCUCGUUCUCUUUUCCGGCUGCUACACAACCUGCAGAGUCGUCUGUGUUCUUCGGCGCAGAUGGCAUCCCGUCCUUCUCAGAGAUCCACAGUGAACAGUCAGAGGACGCGGAAGAACCGGAAAGUCAGGACUCUUCGUCUUCCAGAAAUCAGGACGAGGCGCCCAAGCCAACUGAACAUGCCAGCCAAGAAAAAGCACACGAAAGUCAAGGCGAACCGACGGAGGACUCGGGGGCAGCUGAGUCGGCUUCGGAACACCCUUCGCCUUCCAACUCCAUCCCAGCUGAAGAAGAAAGUUCUGCAACUGCAACCCAAGAGAAACCCACUGAGGGGCCUUCUGCCCCGCAGACCCUGGCCUCGCCGCUUGGUGGGGACACUGCUUCCUCUUCGGGGACGGAACAGACGGAGCGUCGGUCGGGAUCCCCUGUGGAAGAGCAAGGCAAGGACAGUACGCGAACAGCUUCUUUGGGAUCCGUGUCGUAUUCCUCCACAACAACGACGACCGGCACUCCCAGCGCCUUCAACGUCAAAGAGGCCCUCCUGGCGCCGGUACCCACGGGCGCGGUCGCGGGACCGCUAGCUGGGCGCGAGGCGAGGGCCCAGCGAGGGGCCUCGGCGGACAGCGGCGAGCGCGGCGCCGCUGGGGCGAAGGAAGCGGCGGGAGAGGCGCAGGGACCGAGCGAAGUUUCAGAGGAGAAGGCCGAGCCGAAGCAGAAGGAAGCGACAGAAGGAGGAAAGACUGGCGGAGACAAAGACGGACAAGAACGUGGAAGUGCGGCCGGGAAAGAAGACAGCGCCCCCACGACGGAGAAGCCGCUCUCGAAAGCCGAGAUGGAAAGAGCGGCCGCAGAAUUCGUCAAGAAAGAGGGUGGAAUGGGGUCGUUGGAGAAAAAAUUGGCCGAAAGUGGACCUCAACUCACCGAGGAACAGACGAAGACUUUCGUCGACACCCAAGAGGUUGCACAGAAUGUGCGGAAGCUCAUUGGACUGAAGGCCGGCUCGAACCUCCAUCUGGAAAACCAGAAACUGAUCAAAGCGGACUGCGACUUGGCAACCUUCGGACCCGAGUACUGCGCUGCCCGCGAUAAUCCGAACGCCCUCAGUCUCCUGUGGUCACUGGAGCACCGGAAAAACACAAUUUACUUUGUCAUUGCCAUGAUUACGCUUGCUUUCGGCAUUGCAGUGCAGACGUGCAUUCGCUUGCUCGAGAGGAAAAUCAGCGAAGGAAGAGACGAGUUCUCGAAGGAAGUGAUGGAAACUGCUUUUCGACAAAUCGCGACCAUCAGCAUCGUCAACGUGAUUCUCUGGGGAACGAUGCAGUCCAACGUCGCAGAAGUCCUCGACGAACUCGUCUUUGGAGAUGUCAUGCCGCCCCUUCGGGACAGCGACACCGUGCUGGAGAAUGUUUCUCCGAUGCUCGAGGUCCUUUUCGAAGAGCUUUUCUUCGUCUCGGUCAUUCUUCUCGUCUGGUAUGUUGUCUUUGUCAUUCUCUUCCAGUGCAUGAUCCGACAAAUCAUCGAGUGGAUGCGGAAAAUCGACGAAGAAGAAGACAUUCCUUUGAUCGCUCGAGAUGCAGAGACACAGAGCCACCGCUGGUGCGGGGCCGUCCUGGGACGCUCUGCCCUCGACAAAGCAAAUUUCAUUGCGCACAGAUACGAAUUCACUGACAACGUUCAGUCCAUGAGUAUCCCAGGCGUCGACCCUUCCGGCUACUACUUCAUGGAGUAUUUGCGUGCAAGUCUUCUCAAGAUGGCCAUCGAGAUGAUUCGUCUGCCGAAUUCGACGCUGUUCUUCCUCAUGAUUAUGGACAUAUGCCUUCGACCGACGUUUAGUUUUCGGUUAGGCCAAGAAGUUGGCCUCAUCAGUGGGUUGUCCGCUACAUGCCUGGUGGGGAUGCUGCUCGUCUGGGCGUACACCGCCAGGAUCGAAAAGCAGCUCUUGCCUCGUCACGUUCCACACUACCUGGUUAUGCGCUACCAUAUGGAAGUCGGAGGAGACACCAGCUCUGAGUAUCUGAAGGAGUUCGCGCCGCCGUACAAGCUGCAGAAGCAAAAGAAUGCAUGGCCGGGCGUCUGUUCGACGUUCUUGCGCGGGACGACGCUGCCGAACAAACAUCAGCAGCUGUUCUGUUUCUGGGCGAACGGCCCGAACAUUGUUUUGCGAGCGGUGGAGGCUUCGUUCUUUUGCCAGCUCCUCGUCCUCGCCUGGUGGGUGCAGCUCUUCAGAAGCCACCCGGCAACUUGGCUCAACUUCUGUUGGUGGGGCAACGUCGUCGUCGUCCUCUGUGCCGGUUCGCAGUUCGCACUGUUGAAGAGCGUCGUUUACACGGUUCUUCUUGCCCUCAACUCAGGCAUGCUUGUCGAUCCUGAACUCCUUGAGAAGGUAUGGGAUCUGCAGCGGGCGGAGAAUGUCAGGCGAACGGCAGAGCUUAUCGACGCCCUCCGCGUUCAGUCCACGCUCUUCGCUAUCAGCGAGGGAGGGGACAUGUUCUGGCGGCAGUUGCUCAUACGGUCCAAGGGAGCUUCCAGGCAGGCCCAGGAACAGCGACUGAGUUUGUGGGCAGCGCUAGACGAAGAGCAUCAGGGCGAGAUCAGUCGCGCAAAAAUUUUCAAGUUCCUCACGUCUCAGGGAUUACCGAUCAAAUCGGAAUCUGGCGUUAAUGACUUUCUGCAUGUCUUUGAUCGAAACCAUAAAGGCGGUGUGAACGAAGAUGAGUUUUUCGUCAUGGUCAUGGUCGUGAAGCAAAUGCUCAUGGAGCCUCUUGACCGCGACGCUGUUCGGGAACUGUUCGAAGGCCGCUACGGCAUUCCCUGGACGUCUCCUGUCGGAAUUGAUUUGGCAAACUUAAGCAAGAUUCUUGCAGAGCUUCGGCUCACCUUGUCGGAAGGAAAGAAGAGGUAUUUGCUCGACUUCAUUGGUGGAAAGCGAGGCACGACUGCCGUCUCUCCAGAUCACUUCGUUUCCCAGCUCCAAGCCAUGGAAGAACAGGCUUUGAAUCCGAUCCAAAGCGAAAGUCUGCGAGGCCCACCAAUUCCUGGAGAGCGAGUGUAACAUGGCAAGAAAUGCAUGUUUUAGUGCUCGUUUGUUUCCCUCUGUCGCGCAUCGGAGGCGGAACACACACACACACGCAUACACAAAUUUACGCAUCAACAUCUUCUGUUGUUCACCGGACUUCCUGCCGCAAGCUCUCAAUAUGCUUGUCCAUCGGUACACAACUAUGCGUAUUUGUACCUCUACA